ACGCACAGAUAGCCACUCCAUACUCUCGCCAUGUCGUCCACGUCCAUACAUGCACGGAGCCGCCGAGCUCAUCGCCCCAACAUCGCUCCUAUCAAGACCGACACUUCAAGCUUCCCAGAUGUCUCCCGCAGAUACUCAAGUCGGCCAUCUGUUCCUUAUAGCGGGACAAGUCGCUCAAGACUCAACUCAAUCGGCUACGCACAAGAUGUCAUGCACUCCGGCCCCAGCCCCAUGAGGCACAAUCUCAGCGACGCUUCCGACGUGGUGGCUCCGUAUGUCUGGGUUUCGAGGCAGUUCUGCCCAACUCCCGUGUCUGAUAUCUCGCCGCACACAAAGGUCUGGCCUACGGUGUUCGAGACGCAUGCAAGACGGCCCCGGCAAAUGUCCAUGGGGCAUGGCGAUGUGUUUCGACAAAGCACAGCCGGCGCCCUUCGUGUGUCUGCUACCCGAGCGGCGAGUCGCAGACAGUCCAUGUAUAGCUAUAGAGCCCGCAAUCGAUCCAUGGACGUGGGGCUUCAGCGGCAGCAACAGCAUCGUCUUUCGCUGUGGGAACGAGGUCAUAGGAUAUUUGGCCGCCCAGGAGAAGCAGAUGUUCUUGUCAAGCCACUGCAUCUCAAUCUGCCACUAAGAGAAAUCAGGUCGUGGUCAAAGGAGUCGUCUUCCGCGUCGCCAUUGUCUCGGCGCGUCCAUGUUCAUGCCGUUGUCAACUCAAAAUCUCGCGGCCGCUUUGGCCUGACGCGUAAAUUCAAGCUGGAAGAGCUGAGAGCUACAGCACUAGAUCCUCUACCUUGUCCUCAGUCGAAGAACUUCAAUCGUCAGGUACUACUAUCCAGGCUACAGCUGUCCGACGAAGAUCUAGAGCCGCAAUCUCCGGUGGAUUUAGAGAUGGCCGAUGAUAGUGAUGACGAGGUCAUGAUAAAGAAGGAAAAAACGGAAAUGCCUCCGGAUUUCAAGAACUCGCAACCCGUGCUCAAGGCAAAGGCUGUACCAAUGAGCCUCCAAUAUGUGCGAUCACAAUUACCAGCAUUAGCUGCCGUUAUGUUGAAGGGCGAAGUUGGACGAGGAGAUGUAGUAGAACUUGCAAUGCCUCAUCCAACCGCGUGGUCCUCGACAAUAGCUUACGUCUACACUGGGGAGAGAGAGCUCCUCACAGAGGAGGUUAGGGAGAAUAUUUGGUAUCUUGGAGGCAAAGCGAGUGAACUGAACAUGUAUAGCUCACCCAUUAUUGUCAACUACACCAUGGAGAAUUAA